AGUGGAUUUUUAGGCUGCAGGACAAGCGAAUUGUUUCGAAACAUCCGACCUCUGUGAUUGUUAAUUUGUCGAUAAUGAAUGUGAGCUAGUUAUUCGGGUUCUAUUCAGACCAUUUCAGCCCCUUCGAUAGCUCAGUUGGUAGAGCGGAGGACUGUAGAGUGUAAACAUAAGACAUCCUUAGGUCGCUGGUUCAAAUCCGGCUCGAAGGAGGUACAUUUUCGUGUCGUAAACACUAGCGGAAGUAACUAGUCUGUGCUAGUGCUAGCAACACCUGUACCCUAGCUAGAUAGCUUGAGUACCUGCGCAAAGUUAGCGGUUGGGUCCAGUGUUUUAGUGUUUUUAGACGCAAAGGGUAUAACUGUUACAUUGAAGAUGACGUGUGUUGUGUUUUUCCUACAAUAGUGCUUGUAUAUUUUGGCGACAUCAUUGUGUUAGAUGUGGUGAACAAUUCUAAAAACAUUUAGCUAAAUUUCCUAAUCGGAUAGGAUAAGUAACGCUAACAUAAUUUAGCUAACAGACACCGGACCCCUCUUCAUCCUGUGCUGAUUCUUCACUCAAGGAUCAGCUUCCACCUUCCCAGCAGGAGUGGAUUCGUCACGUAUUCUUCAAGGCCAACCCACGAACCGGCAAGCCAGAGCUAGUGGCCCAGCUGAAACUUUGGUGGUAUCCUCCUCCGCCCCUCCUCAUUCACACCCAGCCUCCCGCCUCACCUGACCACUUCUUCUGGCGGCCGCUGUUCUUAUGGAUGCCCAAUAAGAUGUGGCUGUUUCCUUUUGUCUGUUCCUCAAGCCUGUGGCAAGCACCGACUAACAGCAGCAGGACCGUACCGAGACAGUGACCUUGCCACAGAGUACCUGGAGUGCAAACGCUGCUCAAAAAAGAAUCCUUCUUGGUCCGAGGACAUGUAAGGACAGCUGGAUAUGGAUCACCGCAGCCAGUUUCCAGCUUUGCUAACAUACAGAUACUCAUGUGACAUCCGGGUGCUGAGAACGAUGAGGGAGAGGACAAUGGGCAACAGUGUGACUCAGCUGUACAAAAAGCUGCUGGAACAACACAGCCAAGCAUGGACGCAGCGUGUCCUGCAGUACCUGACAGCUUGUGAACCAUUCACAAAGUUUUCUGUUGUGCGUCCCGCUGCAUUCGCGGAGCCUCCCCUCUCACCUGUCCUUCCCAAGCCAAAGUGGCUGUUAGCGGUGUAUGCCAGGGAUGUUCUAGGAGGACUGCAUGAGGUGGAGGCCAAAAUAACCUCCAUUAUUGGCUCUGUCCUCAAGAUGGACUCCACUAAAAAAGUCACCAAGAAACUUGCUGGUGCUGCUGCAGGUGCAGCUGCCUGGUGCACUAAUGUGGGAAACGAGCACGGUCAAGUUCUUGUCUCGGUCCUGACAGCUGGUGAGGGACGUUACACGGGCACCCGCUGUAACCAGGUACUUGAUGAGGGCCGGGGCCUCCUUGCUCUGGUCCUCAUAAACUUCCUUCAUGGAGAGGCCCUGGAAUUCUCCGAACUCCACCAUCAAACAGCCUUCGUCUCCAGUUUCCCGCGCUUUAGCCUGCGUUUCCUGCUUCUUUCUAAACUUCUCCAGUUCCUCGGUCAUCUCUCUGAUUUGAGAUGUGUACUGCAGGAACAGCUGUUUAUUCUCUGACAGAGGGGCUGCCUGAGCUCUUUCCUUUUGAAAUAUGAUGCACUAAAUACAGUGCAUAGCCAAGACUGUUCUCCAGGAGCCAUCUAAAUAUCUGGCCCUGGUACACACCAAACUGAAGCUUGCAGUGAGCCAGGGCUAAAAACUCAUCAGUGGGGUCUCCACCGUGGCACAGUGACAAAAGUACUGGCUUCUGCCAGCACCUCCUCUUUGGGUUUAGCCCUUCCAGACUUCACAUUUUCAACCGCCUUUACCUCCUCCGACGGUGCCAUGAGAAGUCUGGUUGACUUGGCUGACUGGCGGCGAAAAACUGGUUAGGCAUACAUUAUCUGAAUGAAAAUAAGAAAAAGACUGUCACCAUCUGAAAGAUACCUGUAUAUUCAAAUGUGUACAUUCCAGUAGCCUAAAUCAUUAUUUGUCUGUGGGGCAAUUUAUUUUUUUAAAUGAGGGGAGGCAACCUCUGUUACAGUGAUUAUCUAACGUCACAACCCUAUUGGACUACACUAUCCCACCCAUACUAUUCUAUUUAUUUACAGAUGUACAUACUUUACACCUAUACGUAGCUAUAUUCUACUGCUCUUCAUACUAUUCAUCGUGCACAUACACUUAUUCUUACUACU